GGCCAUCGAAGGAACGACGUUGCGAAGACGAGAGCAGCAUUUCCGAAUUGAGAUCCAUUCGAUGGGCAAGAAGGAAGACUCGGUGCAGUAUGCGUCCGUCAAGAUGCACGACGACGACGAUGGCCACCCACUCGAGCCCAUGCACAUCAAGUCCACGCGCGACGUGGCGAGCGACGCCAAGGACUGGCGCAGUGUCUUCUGGUGGACGUUUGCCAUCACGCCGUACGUGAUCCUGCUCUGCCUCCUCUUCCUGAGCUCGACGGGCAACCUCUCGGAAGAGACGGAUCUCAGCAUGGGCUGCGCGGCCCAGCGCCUCGAGAAGCUCCAGACCACGCGCAACGUCUUCUGGGACCAGUCGGUUGUGUCGGACAAGACGCGGCACGCCGCGAUCGGGCAAAAGGGGGCUACGAUCUGGAUGACGGGUCUCUCGGGCUCCGGGAAGAGCACGAUCGGCCGCGCGCUCGAGGCCGAGCUUAUCCACCGGCGGGUGCAGGUGUACCGCCUCGACGGCGACAACGUGCGCAUCGGGCUCAACCGCGACCUUGGCUUCUCGGCGGCCGACCGCGCCGAAAGCGUCCGCCGCGUCGGCGAAGUGGCCGCGCUCUUUGCGGCCGCCGGCACCGUCACGAUCGUGGGCCUCGUGUCGCCGUACCGCGCCCACCGCGACGAGGUCCGCGCCCUGCACGAGAAGAUGAACCUGCCGUUCUACGAGGUGUUUGUCGACACGCCGCUCGAGGUGGUCAUGGCGCGCGACAUCAAGGGCCUGUACAAGAAGGCCGUCGAGGGCAAGAUCCAAGAGUUCACGGGCAUCUCCGCGCCGUACGAAGCGCCCCUCGCCGCCGACAUGACGCUCUUCACGCCCAACCUCACGCUCGCCACCGAGGUCGACAAUCUCCUCACGUUUCUCGAAGCCAAGGGCCUCUUUAGUGGCGUCGCGUCGCUUCCGAGCGGGUACCCCGGCGUCGCGCGGCCCGACGGCGGCAAUGCAGCCGAGAACUUUACGGCCUUGUACCCAGAUGCGCCGUCGGCGGUCGUGCCCGUUGACGCCGCCUGGCCACGCGUGCUGCUUCGCGACGAAGACCUGCACUGGCUCCAAGUCCUCGGCGAGGGCUGGGCCGCGCCGCUGCAAGGGUUCAUGCGCGAAGGCGCGUACCUCCAGAGUCUGCACUUUAGCUCGGUCGUCUUUGACACGGACAACUUGACGAGCGGACGUCUCGAUCCGCAUGCGCCGACCAACUUCUCCGAGUACUCGAACGAAGGCUUGCGGAAAGGGCGCCGCGUGAACCUCCCGAUCCCGAUCGUGCUGCCGGUGAACGCGGCGACGAAGGCGCGCAUCGACGGCGCGUCGCAUGUCGUGCUCGUCGACCGCGCCGGCGAUGACGUGGCGAUUCUCGUCGCGCCCGAAGUCUUUCCGCAUCGCAAGGAGGAGCGCAUCGCGCGCACGUUUGGCGCCAUGGACGCCAAGCACCCGUACGUUGCGGCCAUCCAAUCGGCCGGCGAGUUCCUCGUCGGCGGCGAGAUCCAGCUGCUCAAGCGCCUCACUUACAACGACGGCCUCGACGCGUACCGGCUCACGCCGACCGAGCUGCGGCGCAAGUUCGCGGACAUGGGCGCGGACGCCGUCCUCGCGUUCCAGACGCGCAACCCGACGCACGCCGGCCACGCGUACCUCAUGAACUCGGCGCGCCAGCAGCUGCUCGACAUGGGCUACAAGAACCCGGUCUUAUGGCUCUCGCCGCUCGGCGGCUGGACCAAAGACGACGACGUCCCGCUCAACGUCCGCGUCGACCAGCACGUGGCGAUUCUAAAGGAAGGCAUGCUCGACCCGGCCUCGACUGUCUUGGCGAUUUGGCCGUCGCCCAUGGUCUACGCCGGCCCGCGCGAAGUCCAGUGGCACGCCAAGUCGCGCAAGAACGCGGGCGCGAGCUUCUUUGUCGUCGGGCGGGAUCCCGCCGGCAUCAAGCGCUCAGACGGACAGGACAUGUACGCGGGUGACCACGGCCGCUACGUGCUGCACCUCGCGCCCGGCAUGGACGAGAUGCACAUCAUGUCGUUCCCAAAGGUCUUCUACGACAAGACCGACCACCGCAUGAAGCCCCUCGACACGACGCGCCCCAAGUCGGACUUUUUGUCGAUUUCGGGCUCGCGCAUGCGGCUCAUGGCCAAGAAGGGUCUCCAGCCGUGCGACGACGUCAUCCCGUCGAGCUGGGAGACGUCGCCGACGUGCGUGCCGCCAGGGUUCAUGGCGCAGGCGGGCUGGGACCUCAUGAUCAAGUACUACCAGACGCCCGAUGCCGCGUCAAACGUCCAGUACGCCGAGCCGCGCCGAACGCUCGCCCAUCGCGACGACGUUGAGGCGGUCGGCACCUUGGGCCAACGGGACUUUCAGCUCUUUCUUCAAACGCCCCAUGGGAAGCGCUCGGCGUGGCACGACGUGCCCUUGUACGUCAAUGCCUCGGGCGUCGUCAACCUCGUCGUCGAGAUCGAGAAGGGCCACAUGGAGAAGAUGGAGGUGCAGAAGAAGAUCCCGUUCAACCCGAUCAUGCAGGACACGACCAAGACCAACCACUCGCGCUACUACAUGUACGCCGUGCCCUUCUUCAACUACGGCAUGCUACCAAGGACGUGGGAAGACCCGGCGAUCAAGGACGAGCACGGCCACAUGGGCGACAACGACCCACUCGAUGUGAUUGAAAUCGGGGCCGCCGUGCUGCCCAUCGGGUCCAUCCAGCCCGUGCGCGUGCUCGGGAGUUUGGAGCUCAUCGAUCAAGACGAGGUCGACCACAAGAUUAUUGCCAUCUCGACGGCCGACCCGGACGCAGCCCACAUCCACACGGCCAGCGACCUCCUCCAGUACAAGCCCGAGAUUGUCGCGCGGCUCAUCGACUGGCUCAAGAACUACAAGCUGCCAGAAGGCAAGGCCGUCAAUGUGCUGGCGCAGGAGUCGUUGACGUCUGAGACCACGGCGCUGCAGAUCAUUGCCGACACCCAUGGGCGGUACCAACUGCUCAAGAACGGCUCGACACCCAACCCGGGCUUCUGGCUCGGCGACUAAGCGACAUCAUCAUUGACAAUAUGCAUCAUCAUCAAUCAUCAUCCUUCACACAUGGUUAUACAGACUACAACGACCCGCCACGAGUGCAUCUUCGACCGAC